UUGUUCCGAUUCUCCGAAUCAAACCAGGAUUCAUCGACUGUUUUUUUGUUGUAUAUCCGUCUCUUCCUCUGCUGCUCUGUUUCCAGAUUUCCCGUCCCCCUCGCAUCACCUAUAUCAUGAUUAAAAUUUCUUCGCCCUGCGUGACCUCCGUAGUUGUCCUUCAGAAUCUUCGCGUCUUGGGUCCUGGUUUGAAUCCUAUCACACCUUACUGCAUCGCCAAUCAUUCCUUCCUCUCCGAGCAGGUGGGUUCUGCUCGUCGGAGCUUUUCGAGAAGGAGGUCGUUGAGAUCUGGUGUAAAUAUGGAUGAUAGAGGAUGGACUCUGCUCCAUAUUGGUGCUCGUAAAGGUGAUGUCAAGGAGGUGAAACGACUUCUUGAUGAAGGGAUGGAUGUGAAUGUGGCUGCCUGGGGCUCCAAAUCGAAAGGAGUGACCCCCCUCCACCUUGCUGCUGAGGGUGGUCACCUUGAGGUUAUGGAUGAAUUGCUAGAGCGUGGUGCUAACAUUGAUGCUAGAACUUUGGGUGCUUGUGGUUGGACACCACUUCACAAUGCAGCUAAAGAAAGGAGGAAGGAAGCAGUGAAAUUCCUGAUAGAGAAUGGUGCAUUCUUGGCAGCUGACAUCAAUGACAGCAGAUUUAAUCCACCGCUCCAUUACUGCACUGGUCUUGAGUGGGCUUAUGAUGAGAUGGUGCGCUUUAGGCAAGAGAACUCAUCAGCUAGUGAGACCUCCUACAGCUCAGAGAGCUGAAAAUACCCUCAUUGCCAUGGCCUCGUACUGUUGCUUUUGAUUCACUUGGUGUUUAUUGCAUUUGCUUGAAAUUUCCUGCUUUGUGUUCGGUUGGCCCCUGGAGUUAACAUGCUUUAUUUGUUGGUUGCCAACUUUUGACGUUUGGAAUGUUAUGAUGACUCACUACACAGACUUCCUUGAAGCCAUUUGCGUAUCUUUGGAAACUUUAUUGUUACAUUCUCAUGAUCAUUGUAACUUUAUUGAAAGAAAUGCUAUUUUUCAUCUUAAAUGUUUAUUUCCAGUUAUACCAAUAAUGUUGGUGUGUCUUAA